AUGAUUAGAACCGUAAAGCCCAAAAAUGCAAGAGCCAAGAGAGCUUUGGUAAAGAGGGAAGCCAAGUUGGUGGAAAAUGUCAAGCAAGCGCUGUUCAUUCCAGGCCAGACUUGUAACAAGAAUCUGCACGAUAUUAUGGUAGAUUUGAGUGCCUUGAAGAAGCCAGACAUGAAGAGGUUCAAUCGUAAGAAUGAUAUUCACCCUUUCGAAGAUAUGUCACCACUGGAGUUUUUUAGUGAAAAGAAUGACUGUUCAUUGAUGGUGCUGAUGACAAGUUCCAAAAAGCGUAAAAACAAUAUGACUUUUGUACGUACAUUUGGUUACAAAGUGUAUGACAUGAUUGAACUAAUGGUCGCGGACAAUUUCAAGUUGUUAUCUGAUUUCAAGAAAUUAACAUUUACCGUGGGGUUGAAGCCUAUAUUUACAUUCCAAGGUGCUGCAUUUGAUACACAUCCUGUAUACAAACAAAUUAAAUCUCUGUUUUUAGAUUUCUUUAGAGGCGAAUCUACUGAUUUACAAGAUGUUGCGGGAUUACAACAUGUCAUUUCCAUGACCAUUCAAGGUGACUUCCAAGAUGGUGAACCAUUGCCGAACGUUCUAUUUCGUGUUUACAAAUUAAAGAGUUACAAGAGCGAUCAAGGUGGUAAGAGAUUGCCACGUAUUGAAUUGGUAGAGAUUGGGCCACGUUUGGAUUUCAAAAUCGGCAGAAUUCAUACUCCAAGUCCAGAUAUGGUCACUGAAGCUCACAAGAAGGCAAAACAAUUAGAAAUGAAGACAAAGAAGAAUGUAGAAUUGGACAUCAUGGGAGAUAAAUUGGGUAGAAUCCACAUGGGUAAGCAAGAUUUGGGUAAACUACAAACAAGAAAGAUGAAAGGUUUGAAGCCCAAAUUCGAUCAAGGAACAGAAGAAGGCGAUGGCGAAGUGGAUGAAGACUACGGAGAUGAAGCAUCGUAUUCGGAUGAUGGGCAAGAAUACGAGGAAGAGUUCGUCAGUGCGACUGAUAUUGAGCCCUCUGCUAAAAGACAGAAGAAAUAA